AUGACCUUUCUUGGAUUAACUCGAGCUUUCGGUGGCGAUGGUUCUGUCGCUUAUUGUGAUUUUGUCGGUCUCUCGAAAAGAAGAAGUCUUACAGUAAACGGUCGAUUUACCUGGGAAGAAAUUUCAGGAAACGUUACCCGAGUUAACGGAAAUUGCAUAACAGGCUUUGAUGAUCCAGAUAUUAAUGAUUAUACAUUCUGUUUGGAAGAUAAAUAUGGAGGAAUAAUAUUUGACCUCUCUGAAAACAUUCAUAAGUGUGUUGAGGUUGUAUCACCCGGGAUUACACCUUAUCAAGAAGAUUUUAAAAAUGGUAUUAUGAAACCUGCAAACAUUAUAAAUUCAAGAUUUGUCAUUAGAUGUAAAGAUGAAAAAAUCGGGUACGGCCUUGUUAAACGUGCUUAA